CAAACCCGGGCCUUUCCGGUCGGCGCUUUGGGUGCCGGGAGGCGGAUGGAAGCGGCGGUUAGAUGAGCAAUGAGUUGCACCAUAGAGAAGGUUUUGGCAGAUGCAAAAGCGCUGGUGGAACGGCUGAAAGAACAUGACAAUGCGGCGGAGGCUCUCAUCGAGCAGACCACUGCACUCAACAAGAGGGUGGAGGCCAUGAAGCAGUACCAGGAAGAUAUUCAGGAGCUGAAUGAAGUGGCCCGGCACCGGCCUCGCUCCACGCUGGUGAUGGGAAUCCAACAGGAGAACCGGCAGAUCCGGGACCUACAGCAGGAAAAUAAAGAGUUGCGCACGUCUUUGGAGGAACAUCAGUCUGCGUUGGAGCUGAUCAUGAGCAAGUACAGGGAGCAGAUGUUCCGACUGCUGAUGGCCAGCAAGAAGGAUGACCCAGUGAUGGUCACCAAGCUGAAGGAGCAGCACUCCAAGGAGCUGCAGGUCCACGUGGAUAAGAUCAAUGAGAUGGCCACGGUGAUGCGAAAAGCCAUUGAAAUCGAUGAACAGCGCCUCUUCAAGGAGCAGGAGCGGAUUGUCCAGCUGGAGUUUGAAAAUAAAGGUUUGAGGGAGGUGCUACAAGUAAAUAAAGAAUCGUUCCACUGCUUGAAGGAAGACAUAUUGGAAAGCAGGUCGUUAUCUGGUUUAGUGACAAAUGCCAACCUCAGCAUGAGGAAGAGCUGAGGCAGUGCAGACCCAGCACUUGCCCUCACCGACCCACUGUCCUGUGGACAUUUUAUCCCGGCGCAUUGAGCCAACGCCUCAACUGUACAGGUCACCGUUCAUCUCUGGAGCUAAAUGAGUUUCGUGGCUAGUUAAUUAAACUGACAAACGUACCUUAUUUUACGUUGUAUGUUCCGACUUUGUUCUUUUAGAGAAGACAAAAAGAAUCUGUACACAUUUAGUGUGAUGUGGCCAGCAUCUUAUAUUUAGUCCAGGGAUCUCUCUGGCCUCAUUCCGACCUGCCCUUUUUCCAGAGAGCAAGUUAAAAAAGCAUAGGCCUCAGGGAACAAAGCAAUCUCCAGUUCACAAGUAGAUUUUGUAGCUAUUGAACCCUUGGCUAUACAUAAAAAUAAUAAUUUGUAAUAAAGUGUGGGCAGUGGGAGGGAGGGGCAGGGUUCAAGAAGCUAAUCAGCGAUUGUGUCAAACUUUACUAUUACACAAAUUGGAGAAGUAUUUAUUGAACUGACCAAGGGUGGAAUCGGUUGCAUUUGUGAUAAAUGGAUGGUCAUAGCAAAAUUUAUAUGGAAUGCAAUCUUUCAAAUCUAUAGAAUGUUCUAUUUUUUAAACCAAGUUUAUUCACAAUGUGAGAUUGUUGACUUGGAUUGGGUUGUUAAUCCUACAAUAUCUGUACAAUAGGCUGUCUGUGGAUGUGUAUAUUUUUGCUUAAUAAAGAGUAAAUAUAUUGUCA